CAUUCUGGAUUUCUAGAUUCAUUCUCUCGUCUUCCAUAGGGCACCCCUGUCCGGUUGUAGGGAGUUCGAUACAAAGAGGAGGAUAUUAUUUUACAGUCGUCGAGGAACUUUCUGAGUCACAUCACCUCUAACACCGUCCUGCUGUUGUGUGUGACUGACUCUGUUUGUCUUUCGGCUGAGAGUGGUGAGCAGUCUUUCUCCCUCAGGUCACACUUUGGUCAGUCAACGGGUGUCGUUAUUUCUUAUCACCUUACCAAAGCACCGUUUAAUCUUUGUAUUUCGGACUGAGGAAAGAGGAAUAGAAAGACGGAAGAGAGAGGAAUAGAAAGAGGAAGAGAGAGAGGGAAGCAGAAAAAUAACGUGGGAAGAAGGUGGACCAGUUGAACUACAGCAAGAAAACACAAACAGAAAAAACGAAAAGACAGAGGAGGAGAUCAUGUGCUGUACGGGGAAGUGUGCCCGCCUUGUGGGCCUGAUCCUUCUGCCCUCCGCCUUCUGCUGCAUGAUCGCCAACCUGCUGCUGUUCUUCCCCAAUGGCGAGGUCCAGGAGAACAGCCACAUCUCCCUCCAGGUCUGGCUGAUGGGGGGCCUCAUCGGGGGAGGCCUCUUUAUGCUGUGUCCCAGCUGCUCAGCUAUCAGAGCCGGGGGCAAGGGUUGCUGCGGAGCAGGUUGCUGUGGCAACCGUUGCCGGAUGUUGAACUCUGUCUUCUCAUCUGCGUUUGGCGUAAUCGGGGCGAUCUACUGCACCAGUGUAUCCUCUGCAGGGCUGGCUAUAGGACCCAAGUGUCUGACAGUCGAAGGGGGGGAUUGGACAUACCCCUUUGAAAACCCCCCAAGUCAAAACAGCAGCUACCUGGUAGACCACUCCCUGUGGGCCCUGUGCCUCCAACCCGUCAACGCGGCGUUGUGGCACAUCGUCCUGUUUGCCAUCACGCUGUGCCUGGGCCUGCUGCAGCUCGUCCUCUGCGGCAUCCAGGUCGUCAACGGCUGCGUGGGCUGCAUCUGCGGGGACUGCCGCGAAAGCAAGGAGGAUGAGGGUGGAUUGUAAGAGAUCCUGAAGGGUGGAGAUAAAGGCUCCUCAGCAAGAGGCUUCCUACAAUCAUCUUCUCUGCCGCUGUGUCGUCUGUGUCUCUUCAUGUUCCAGUUCUUUCUCCAGUGCCUUGACAGAGAUUGGUCAUGUCAAAUCUCCAAAUGUAUGAUGUAACCCUAUGAGUCAUACAUGAGCUAGUCUUCUGUGUGUUUCCAUGUCGUUGAAUUAUUAAGUUUGAUUCUCCUUCGGUAUGUAUUAUUGAGAGUGUCAGCCAGUACCCAGACACUGAGUUUGGUGCUGUACUACAAAUUGCCCCUUGCAUAGGACAUUAAGGUUUUCCAAGUCUGGUCCUAUAUCGAGGGUUCCGCAGAGAGAACAUGCACUGUACGUCACAGGAGAGGAACUCUCACAUCACGUGACUUCUUUGCCUCUGUCAAAAUGUUAUUUUUCAUGAUCGGACAAGAUGAUUGGAAUAAAAACCGUCUCCCCCCC